AAACUACACAGAAGGAAGUCACCUUGAUAGUUUGAAAUGGAAAUUAAUCCGGAAGAUUUUAUUAUUGUCCGUUAUAUAUCAAAAUAAAUGUUUUAGUAACCAUGUAUGCGUGAAAUCGUCUUAAGGUCAUAUCACGUGACAAUGGGACUAGGAAGUUGUACGUUUCAUCAUUGAUACACAUUAAACAACAUCACAGGAAAAGAUGUCAACUACAAAUGGGAAUUUAGAUCUUGCAGAUAAACAGGGUGGGAAGAAGUUUGGUGUUUUAAAGAAGCGACAAGAAGAGGAACUGUCUGACAUAAAUAAGGAAUAUGAAACAGACGAUUGUUAUUCUGAAAUUGAAGACUUGCCACAACAGCUGGUGGCUUAUAAAGCACAAUUUAUGGAGUUUGAUCUAGAUAAUUCAGGUGACAUAGAUGAAAUGGAAUUAAAACAAAUGUUAGAAAAACUUGGAACGCCGAAAACGCACAAAGAAGUGAAGAAAAUGAUCCAAGAAGUAGACACGAAUAAUUCCGGGACAAUCCAUUACAGGGAGUUCUUAAAUAUGAUGUUAGGGAAAAAAUCAACAGUACUGAAAAUAAUUUUAAUGUUCGAACAAAGGAGUAAAGAAAAGGCGAAACCUCAAGGUCUUCCUGCUAAACGAGACAUCAGCAGCUUGCCUUAAAACAUUGCAGCAAUUUCAAAAGUGUUCAGCAAAUAUAUUAAACUUUUAAGACCAGCAAUGCAAACGUAAACGUCGUGUAUCAUCUAUGCAGAACUCGAAUAUUCAUUACCUUGUUUAUAAAUCAAACUUGUUUUCAUUUUUCAUACCAUUUUGUGAUAUUUCAUAACAUUUCAGUUAUACAUUAUUAUAUAAAUGAAUUAUUGUA